GGACACCGGGACCCUACUCGAGCUCCUCUCUCCGCACCCACCAUCCUCUGCCCCCGGCUACCAUCCGCGCCUCCACCGCCGGCCGGCCGCUGUCCCGCUGCAUCCUCACAACCACAAAGCCGCCGGCCUUCUGCCGGGCGCUCGGCCGUUUCCCCAGAUCCGAUUUCAAAAGGGGGGAGAGGGGUGGGGGAUUCCUGCUGCAUCUACUGUUUAUGCUACAAAUGCUGCUAUCUGAGGUACCUUCCAUCUACGUAUGCCUUCUGCAACUUCAUGUAGAUGUUAUUGACCUUUGAUUAGUUAGUGUUCAUGAGCUUUUUUUAUCUUCUUUUUUUAGGAAAAAAAUUACCUUCUUUGUUGUGGGUAUUGCUGCAGAGCAUAUUAGACACUUUGGCCAUGUUUAAUUCCCAAAAAAUUUCUUUUCAUCACAUUGAAUCUUUGGACCCAUGCAUGGAGCAUGCAGUUGAAAAAACAAUAAAUUACAUAGUACGAGAUGAAUUUUUUAAGCUUAAUUAGUCCAUGAUUAGAUAUUAAUUGUCAAAUAACAAUGAAAUGUACUAUAGUACCAAAAUUCAAACUUUUUCGCGAACUAAACACAGCCUUUGUUGUAGGUAAUCGAAGUUCUCGUUUAUUACUGCUCUUUCAGAGUAUUGUUCUCAGUGCUCCGAUCCAUCGCAGAAAUGUGCAUCUCAGUGUUAGUCUACGCGGCUGAUUUUGCUAUUUCUUUUGCAUCUGUUUGACUAAUAGAUAUCAGCCUUAUCCCCAGUCAGCUGCUGGUAAUUGACGGUCAGAGUUGCAGCUUGGUCAAGCUGAAAUGCUGAAUGCAGACAAGAGUUCCGUCUAUUCCGCGGGUCAUCAAGACCUUAGCUUUGCAUGCUUCACUAUUAGAAAAAUCCGAAUCAAGAGUUCCUCAAUUGCACGCAAGCAUCAACAUGACCUUUCCAUGUCAACAUAGUACAGAUAAAAGUACUCGCGUCGUUGUCAAGCCAUUAUUGGCAUGGAGAAACCUUUGUUUCGUUCGUUCCUAUGGACCUAUCCCUCUAUUCGGCUUGUUUGCUUGCGGCUUAUGGCAUGUUUAGUUCUCAAAAAAAAAUUUAAAUACCUAUCACAUCAAAUUUUCAGACAUAUGCAUGAGCAUUAAAUGCAGUUCAGAAAAAUAACUCCUUACAUAGUUUUACUGUAAACGACGAGAUAAAUCUUUUAAGCCUAAUUAGCCUAUAAUUGAACAUUAAUUGUCAAAUAACAAUAAAAAUGCUACAGUAUCAAAACCCAAAAAAUUUCGCGAACUAAACAGACCCUUAUUGUGUGUUCGUGCUUUUGGCUCAUUCUCUCUCACAGAUGCCUAAUCUCGACAGGAAAAUUGAAGUAACCACACCCUUGAAGAAAAAGCAUCACAACAAUGCAGAAAAGGUUGACCCUGCUGCCAUUUCUGCUGCUAGGAGCAGCAGCAGCAGCAAUGGCUUCCAGCGUUAUCGCUCCUGAAUCCAAGAGUACCUUGAGCUGCCCGGGCAGCUGCGGAAGCAUAUCCAUCCAAUACCCCUUCGGCAUCGGCGCCGGCUGCUUCCGGAACGGCUUCGAGAUCGUCUGCGACAACGUCACCGGCACGCCGGCGCUCGCCGGCACCACGAGGCCCGUCCCGGUGAACCUCCUCUCCAUCAAGACGGCGGAGGCCCGCGUGAUGCUGCCCGUCGCGUGGGAGUGCUUCCACUCCUCGAACAAGGUGAACGACUCCAGCAAUGGCGACGUGCACUUCAACAGCGACGACGUGUACCGCAUCUCCAACACCCACAACCAGCUCGUCGUCAUCGGCUGCAACACCCUGGGCUACACCCAGAGCCAGCGGAGCGAGGGCAACGGCUACUACCCCUACGCCUACUACACCGGCUGCAUGUCCUUCUGCAACAAUUCCGGCAGCGCCGCCGACGGCGCCUGCGCCGGCGUCGGGUGCUGCCGCGUCGACAUCCCGCCGGGCCUCACCAACAACAACAUGGAGUUCGAGCAGUACAACCACACGGCCGUCCUCGGCUUCAGCCCCUGCGACUACGCCUUCCUGGUGGACAAGGACAACUACACCUUCCGCACAGCUGACCUGAGGAUGGACACCGACACCAUGAUGCCUGUGUGGCUGGACUGGGCCAUCCGCGACAACCUCACGUGCGACCAGGCGAAGAAGACGGAGAGCUAUGCUUGUGUGAGCGCCAACAGUGAGUGCCGUGACUCUUCCAAUGGACCUGGCUACCUCUGCAACUGCAGCAUGGGCUAUCAGGGCAAUCCCUAUAUCGCCGAUGGUUGUACUGAUAUCAACGAGUGUGAUGAUGAGCAUAAUAAAGAGUAUCCAUGCCGAGGCAUUUGCGAGAAUACAUCGGGUUCCUAUGAAUGCAGGUGCCCUAGUGGUACCCACAGUGCCAAUCCGCUGAAUAUUCCCUGCAACCCCAAUUUUCCGCUUGCGGCAAAAAUUGUCACAGGUGCAAUAGGUGGACUUUUCAUCGUAGCACUCAUGGUGUUCAUCUUUCUUAUUGGCAAAGAGAAACGGAAGAUGAAAGAAUUCUUUAGAAAGAAUGGGGGGCCCAUAAUUGAAAAGGUCAAUAAAAUUAAGCUAUUCAAAAAGGAAGAGUUAGAGCCAGUACUGAAAACAAGUAAUCGUAUUGGGCAAGGUGGCUUCGGUGAGGUUUACAAGGGAUACCUUAGAGAUGAAAUACGGCCGGUAGCGAUCAAGAAGCCCAAGAUUGAUGUUAAAUUGGCAAACCAAUUUGCAAAUGAAGUUAUCAUUCAGUCUCGAGUGUUGCAUAAGAAUAUUGUCAACCUCAUUGGUUGUUGCCUAGAGGUUGACGUCCCAAUUUUGGUCUAUGAGUAUGUGUCCAACGGUAGCCUUGACAAAAUUCUGCAUGACAACGACAGGCUGCCCCUUGACUUGGAUCUACGCCUGCAGAUUGCUGCACAAUCUGCCAAGGGCCUAGCUUACAUGCAUUCAGAAAUCACAACACCAAUUCUCCACGGUGAUGUUAAACCAGCUAAUAUCCUUUUGGAUGAGGACUUUAUGCCAAAGAUCUCAGACUUUGGUACAUCUAGAAUGAUUGCCAUUGAAGAAAAUUACUCAAGCACUAUCAUUGGCAACUGGGGUUACAUGGAUCCAGAAUAUGUGCAAACGGGCCUGUAUACGAGUAAAAGUGAUGUCUACAGUUUUGGAGUCGUGCUCUUAGAACUCAUUACAAGGAAGAAGGUCUUAGAUCCUGACAUCAAUAACUUGCUCGGGAAUUCCCUUGACACUUGCACCAAGAAGAAGGGAGUGAUCGAACUCGUUGACCCAGAAAUUUCAGCAAAAGGAGCCAUUGGGAUUUUUCAUAGUUUGGCAGAAAUUAUUGUGCAAUGUCUAGAUCUUGAUGUUGAUCUAAGACCAGAGAUGGCAGAUGUAGCAGAGCGUCUUCAAUUCCUAUUGAAGUGAUCUCAUGGUAGAUAGAAUAGAACAUGACUUUGCUACAGUACUCCAAAGUGAUUGUGGACCGUCAAAUAGAUCUAGAUGUAUAUUAUUACACCUCCUAGUAGGAGGUAAUAGAUGAAAUAUAUACAUUAGGAAAUAGAAAAAAAUUCAAUUGUAUCUAUUGGGCAAAACAGAUUGCAUUUAGCCAUGAGAGGUCGACGUGAUGGUGUGUUGGAUAGUUAACGUGUUGGAUCGGGUAAGCCAUAACAUGAUGGCAUGUAUGCACACAUUUAUAACAUUUACUUAAUCGUGAUGAUACACGCCUGACAUUUUUGUAA